GACUUUGCGCAAACUCGUUAAACCCGAACGCGGCUAGGUGUCCGUCGGCCGUGCGCCGCGUCGCCUUUGGACGGCGUGUGUGCGUAGUAGGCCGCGUAAAGCGCGUUGCGGCGCCCGAUGUAGCGUGUGGCCGAGAUUAAGCGUCGUUUAUUUGGCGUAAAUUGGCUUAAUUAACUUCGUUUGUUGUUGCUUUCUUUUAGGCUGUGCGUCUUCGACGCAGCAGGCACCAGGGAAGAAAACAGCGAAAAUGGGGAAAUUAACGUACGCAUCAUAUAAAAGAUAUGCGAAAGUGAAGUGUAUGACUUAGUUUCACGAUUCUUGUGCGUUUGAGACGACGCCGUUUGUUACGCAUGCGCGGAAGGUUUUCGCACGAUGGCCAAGAUGUUCUUUUUUGCACUGUUACCUCUGCUCUGCGUCGGCGUGCUCACACAAACGGUACACGAACCCAUGACCGAGCAUAUUUAUUUCUAUCCACGACCCGGCGAUGAGGCAUCACAUAACAUUUACGUGAAGCCCACAGAUCUUAUAACACGUCAUCGCUUACAGCUUGUGACGGACUGGCCUUACCCGGGCGUCAUGGGUGGCACCGUACACAAACCCAUCGAUUUGGUCGCCACAGCCGAGGUCAGCUCCCAGCCGAUUUAUUUCCGCAAACGUGACAAUCUCGCCAAUGUCAAACUCAAGCAGAAACAGAAUAUCUUAUAUCUACAAUUGCCGAUGCUAGCGCAGAGCAAUCUUCAUAAUCCUAACGAAAGUGAGAAUAAAGUUUUGUAAUCAAAUCGAAAUACAUAUUUU